UAUUUGUCAUCUUUAAUAUCCAUCUCCACUCCAAAUAGAAUUGCUUAGGACUAUCAAUUCGCAGGAAAGUAAUAGAACUUCUGAGGGCCUUGGUACUUGUAUAAUAUGUUUUCCGUUUCAAGGGUUAUGUGCAGCAGCCUUAAAAAUAUUUGCAUCAUUUCCUUGCCAAAAGCCAAUCGGGUUGUAUAUUCACAAUUACAGCUGCCUCUUAGAACUCAAAAUUUCACAACUUUAAAAAAACCCGAAACAUUUCAAAUAUCAAGAUUACGUACCCAUUGUAGGUGCAUGGGUACAAUUAUUAAAAUAGUGCACGAAGAAAAUAGGUUUUUUAUAGAAAUGAACGAUGAAGUUGCUGAAUUGAAAUACUCUAUUAAUGAUGGAGUUAUGGAAAUAAAGCAGACAAAGGUUCCUAAAAAAUUGGGCGGACACGGUCUGGGCAAGUUAUUGGCUAAGGUAGCUUUGGAAUAUGCCGUACAACAUGACUUAAUUCUCAAAAUAUCAUGCAGUUUUGUACAAUUCUACAUUGAACAAUAUGAACCACGUUACUUAAAAUAUAUCUUGUAUUAACUGUGUAAUUUAUUAAUAAACCUAAAUACUAUUAAUAUGGA